GUGAAUUUUUGUCCCUUCAACAACCGAAUCGGUUCACCUUACAGAUGGCGUACUGUACCGUGCCCUAGACCAUGGCCACACGUUAACACCCUGACAUUGAUUGCUGCGGCAUUUGGCCAACGGAAAACGGCGAAAAACGAGGAUUGAAAGUGCAACCGAAACAGAGGAAACCACAAAUGGCCAAUAAUUCAAAUUCAAAUGCAGCAUUCCAAUUGGUGGUGUCCGGAAGACACUUGUUUCCACAGCGGAGCAGGCAAGGCAAGGCAAAAACAAAAAAAAAAAAAAGGCAAAGAACUGGCCAACGGGGCGGGCACUUGAUAUGUGUGUGUCGCUUUGGAUUCGGUUCGGUUUGGUUUGGUUUUUGACUAUACAUAUGUGUAUUCAUAUGUCACAAGUCCAAAUCGAUUGCCGGUGCAAGUUAGUUUAGUUAGGCGUCUCUCUGAUAAGAUACGAGACUACGAGUACGAGUACGAGUACGAGUUGCGGAGAAUUCCGCUGGAAGAAAAGCACACAUUGUGGUCCCUGAGCUUGGAGCAACUGUUUCCGCCGGUUAUACAACCCUUUUGCAAAAAAAAAAUUCUGGAAAAUGUCUGCGCUGGCUAACGGUGGACAGGAGGAGGAACUGCAAAUUCUGGGCCAACUGAGGAGCAUCGAGCAGAUCAACGAGCAGCGCCGAAUAUUCCUCAAUGGCACGAUCACCGAGGAGGUUUCGGAGGGCUCCAAUGGUGCGACCAGCCAGGAUGAGAAGGAGGACGACUUGGAGAAGGAUCUGAAGCAGUUGGAGCAGCUGGAGACGAAGAAAACACACGACGAGGCUGAGAAGCAGAGAACACCCCCAGAGGAGGUGGACCCAAAGAAGGAGCUGGAAAAGGGGGAGCCGUCCAAGCCGCAGCCCCCCAACACGCUCGCCCUGAAUGUGAAAUACGCCACCCUUCCCAGUCCCAAUGUGGCUACCCUGCGAUCCCCGCUCUCGCCGCCUCCCAAGCCGCCCAUGUUGGGUCGCACCCGGAGCAUAGGUUCCGGCGAUGGCAAGAGCAACGGCAACGGCACCGGCCACGGCACCGACAACUCCCUCAUCCGCCAGAGCUUUCCCGAGGGCGUGAUUAAGAUCAGGCCCCAGUCUCCCUCAACUCAAGUCGCAGCCACUUCAACUCCAACUCCUACUCCCACUCCCACUCCCAAAGAAGAAGCACCCGCCACCGUGUCCGCCCGGCAUUACGAGGGACUCAUCGAGGAGCUGCGGUGUCCCGGAUGCGCCGGCGCCAUGAAGGCACCUAUCCUGCUCUGCAAAAGUGGCCACAGUGUCUGCGAACAGUGCACCCGGAUUCUGCUCAUGUGCCCACUGUGCAAGGAACCCUUCACCUCCUCCCGAUCGCUGACCGUGGAGGCGCUCUGUGCCAAGGCGCACUUCCGGUGCGGACACGCCUCCGGCGGCUGCCAGGUGCGGAUGCCCGUGGUGCUCCUGCCGUGGCACGAACAGCAGUGCAUGUACAAGCCGAUGAAGUGCUUCAUGGGCCGCGUGUGGGGCGAUUGCCGCUGGCAGGGACGCGAGGUGCAGUGGAAGGAGCAUCUGGAGGGGGAGCACGGCGACCGCCUGUUCCGCGCCGGCAGCGCCGAUCUGGAAUGGAAUCUGGCCACGCGCCGGAAGCCGCUCACCGGCUACUACGUCUUCCAGGCGCACGACGAGAUGUUCAACUUCUACGAGAUCCACGACCGCCAGCGGAUCCUGUUCACCAUGACCUGCACCUCGAACCGGCGGGACAGCAAGUACAACUACGCCUACGAGGUGACCGUGCUCCAGCCGGACAACGAGGCCCUCUCCAUGACCCAGAAGUUCCCCGUGCACAGCGAGUACGACAAGGACAUCCUCAUGGAGGGCACCUGCGUCAGCAUUCCGCUGACGGAGCUCAACCGCUUCCUGGACCAGGACAAGGUUCUCCACUACCGCGUGAGUGUGCUGGCGGUCAAGUCACCGCGCCGGGCGAAACCUCCUCGCCAGAGUCUGCCACAUCCCGUAGACCUGGAGCAGACCGCGAACGGCGGAGUCAAUGGGAAGAGCGUGCCGACCAGCAUGAUCAUUACGCGCACGUAUAAGGAGGCCAUUGGCGAGGCGACGGCUGCCCAGGCCAACAGGGCAGAGGUGGCCAGUCCGGACUCGGAGGAGGAUGUGGUGGCCAGCGGCGAUGGCGAUGGAGAUGGCGCCGGGGGACUGGAACUCGAGCGCAAGUGGGGCACUCCGCAGCUGCACUUCAAUCGCAAAUAUCUGCGAAACACUCUGAACGACUCGACGCCCCUGGAGGACGAACUGCGUCCUCUGGCCGGCGAUCUGCGCAACGAACAUGGCGACGACAAGCUCUCCCAGUGCAGCAACAGCACGAGUUACACGAAAAAGGUAUCCGAUUCGCUGAGGAGAAGCUUCCGGGCCCUCAAGGCGGACUUGGUUGAGAUGCGGCCGUUCAGCAAGAAGCCAGUCAAAGCAGGAUCCCCAAAUGCAGUCCAGACUAAUGGCAACUAGCGAUUCCAUACGUGUUUUCCUCCUUUUUUUUUUUUUUGUGGUAACUUAUUCAAUUUUCUAACACUCCACAUAAAAGCAUGUAAAUAUAGCAAAUGUUUUAAAUCUAAUGACAUAUGUAUGUACUUAAAACAUAAUAAAAUGUAAAUUAAAAUAUUUA